AAUCUUUGGGCGUGAUGGUGGUGACUGCACUUUUAAAAUACUGGCGUAUGUUUUAAUAAACUUUUAUUUUCAAUUGUAAUGUUUCAUGCUAAUCUCAUCCUAACAACGGCAUAGGUCUCGCUAGGGGGACUUGGCUCAAUAAUGUUUCUGUUCUUCGUCAUCUGGUGUUUGGUAUCACAGAAGAUAGAUAUUGGUGUGGCUGCUGUUCCAGUUAACUCUAGGACAGGCCAGCCGGAAGGUCCCCUGACGCUAGUCUCCAAAACACUGAGCUCCUCUCUGCUUGGCGUGGAGAAUGAGGAUAUCGCGGGGUGGCGCAGUUUCAUGCCCAUGCAGGGGCCUCAGGACCGCAUUGUGGGGGGCAUGGAGGCCUGGGCCCACUCCUGGCCCUGGCAGGCCUGCCUCAAGGUCAUCACGACCCCUGCGUGCGGAGGAGCCAUCAUCGGGCCCUUGUGGGUCCUGACAGCCGCACACUGCUUCAACAUAUACUCGAAUCCAGUACUCUGGAAAGUCCUGGCUGGGAAACAUGACCUGGACAAUUUGGAGGAGACAUGCCAGCAGACUGUUGGAAUCUCCAGAAUCCUUCGCCACAAAGAUUACGAUCCCAAGACGCACAAGAAUGACAUCGCUCUUUUGAAGCUGGAGAAGCCUCUGGACUUCAAUAAUUGUGUGAGACCAGUCCUCCUACCGACUAUAGAGCUCCAGCCCUCCAAGUUGUGCACUGUGACUGGAUGGGGCACAACAAGUGAAAACGGGCCUCGGGCUCUGAGACUGCAGGAAGUCAACAUCACCAUCCUGGAUCAGAACACCUGCAACAGCCAGUUCUACAGCAGCAGCAUCAGUGCCGGCAUGGUUUGUGCUGGCAGAGCAGAGGGCGGGAAGGACGCCUGCCAGGGCGACUCGGGGGGGCCCCUGUCCUGCGAGGCGGAGGGGAGCAGGUUUGCGGUGGGCGGCCUGGUGAGCUGGGGGGUGGGGUGUGCGCGGAGGGAGAAGCCGGGCGUGUACACUGACGUCUUUCACUUCCUGGACUGGAUCAGCGACCGGAUUCAGGAGGGAGCUGCUGGAGUUUCAGGCAAGCGCAAUGACUUCUGCGGCACGAGCAGUACUAAGCCUUGUGGAAUGAGCUCGGGCUUCGCAGAGGUGGUUGGCUUGGACGAAGGCAGGCCCACUGUGGAAAACGUGACCGUGGCCUGUCCGCACUCCUGGCCCUGGCAGGUCAGCCUGCAGAGCAACGGGCAGCACUUCUGCAGCGGGACCCUCAUCCAUCCCCGCUGGGUGCUGGCCGCCCGGCACUGCGACUGCAGAUCUAAAACCGAUGAUGUGGUCCUGGGCGCACAUGACUUGACGUAUAUGCCAGCGCAGAUCAUCCGAGUAGAUGAGGUCUACAGCCUUGCGGAUAAUGGGAGUUUCCCCCCGACUGACGACCUGACUCUGGUCCGCCUCCAGACGCCUGCCAGAUUAGGUGACGCCGUGGCUCCGGCCUGCCUGCCGGAUGAGAGCGUCGACCUGGAUGACAGCUGGUCCUGUGUGACGACGGGCUGGGGGUCCAGCAGCGCUGCCCCAAAUAUUAACCCGGAUGUGCUGCGCCAGGCCAGAAUACAGCUGGUUAAUGAAACGUCUUGUAGAAAGAGCUGGGGAGAAGACCUUAUUCUUAAGACCCACAUCUGUGCAGGGGCAGCUGGAUCCAGAUCUUGCAUGGGGAUCUCCGGAGGGGCGCUGGUCUGCAGCAGAGAAGGUGUGUCUUCCCUGUGGGGCGUGCUCACCUGGGGCAGCAAGACCUGCACAGCGCACAGGCCGGCUGUCUUCACCAGGGUGUCAGCCUACAGGUCCUGGAUAAAAGACGUCACGUGGGGAGAGGUGUAAAUACUGAGCAGCACGUCUGAAAUAAAGUCUUAACCAAGAUGCUCGA